GAAGUUCAAAGCUAUAUUCCACUUUUAGAAAAGAGAGUAAAAAGGAAAGAGUUGGAGAGCGAGACCAUAAAGAAGUUGGUGGGGGUGGACUGGGCGGGGUAGAUAUUCAUAAACGGAGUAAAAGUAGCACUGGACACUCCUACAACUCCUUCUCCUCCUCCCCUGGAACCAAACAUGAUGUGUUCGGCAGGGAAAUAGAGGGGGACAGUUUAAAUUCUAGCUGGGCCGGAAUGGAUAUUUCUCCUGCUUCCUCAGCCAACUUUUCUACCCUUUCAAAACUACAGUAUUCUACCCGUUCCUCUACCUCUUCUCGUAAUUCGUCGUUCAGUGCGUAUAGUAGUAAUACUCCAAUAUCACGCCAACAUAGAAGCUUCUCAUCUAACAGUGUUGAUAGUGACAGAUAUAGUCAGAAGACCAGCAGAAGAUCGUCUGCUGGAAGCGUUCUUAUUACAACAAUUUCCCCAGCCAAUCCGAGAAAGGUUGGUAACUCAGCAAAUGCAUUAACUCCAGGUCUAGGGGCAGAAAGAAGAGAUAGUAGAAGUAAAAGUAGAGGACAUAGUCCUGCACUCAUCUAGAGGACACAGUCCUGUGUUAAUCUAGAGGACAUAGUCCUGCACUCAUCUAGAGGACACAGUCCUGUAUUCAUCUAUAGCACACAGUUCUUUAUUCAUCUAGAGCACACAGUCCUGUGUUAAUCUAGAGGACAUAGUCCUGCACUCAUCUAGAGGACACAGUCCUGCACUCAUCUAGUGCACAUAGUCCUGUAUUUAUCUAGAGGUCACAGUCCUGUAUUCCUCUAGAGGACACAGUCCUGUAUUCAUCUAGAGGGCACAGUCCUGUAUUCAUCUACAGCACACAUUCCUGUAUUCAUCUAGAGGACACAGUCCUGUAUUCACCUAGAGGACAGAGUCCUGUAUUCAUCUAGAGGACACACUCCUGUAUAUAUCUGGAGGACACAGUCCUAUAUUAAUCUAGAGGACACAGCCCUAUAUUCAUCUAGAGGACACAGUCCUAUAUCAAUCUAGAGGGCACAGUCCUGUAUUCAUCUAGAGGACACAGUCCUGUAUAUAUCUACAGGACAUAGCCCUAUAUUCAUCUAGAGACACAGUUCUAUACUAUUGUAGAAAUCUUUUAGUCUUUUCUUAUAGUCUUUUCUUUGCAUUUCUUGUUUAUACAUAUGUACUAUGUAUAUCUAUUAUCUACAUUGUACAUAAAUUUGUUUCCUUAAUU